CACUCGUGGCCGAAUCUCCCAUUCCUUCGCCCCGCCCUUCUCUCUUCGCUGUGUUCCGCGAGUUUGUUCGGCUCUGGACUCGAACAAACAUCGCCAUGCCAAUCAUUAUUCCCCGCACAUUAAUCCUGAGAGCAAGAACUCUUUCUCGGUUAUCAGCUGCCAGGAGGCAAUCAACCAAAACAACAGACACCGAUAAGCUCAAGAAGAGCUUUCGAGGGCAAUUGUACGACUCUACGGCUCAACGAAUACAGAAUGAGAGAGCAGCAUUGAUGAGUGCGAAACUCCGAAGCAGGUCUGCUGAGGGACAAGCGGGCUCCGGGAAAGUUAGUGGUACUCUUGCUGGAAUCUUUGCUGCUGGAGCUGUUGCAAUCGUUUUCUAUUACCUGGGUUCGCUCUCCGUUCCUGCACCUCCGACAAACUCUACAUCACCACUAAAGAAUUUUCCCACCCCGAAACAUGACGUUUCUAAGUCGAACCUUGAAGCCUCGUGGACUGAGUUCGUUGCUCUUCUCGGUGCAGAGCAUGUAUCGACGGCUGGGGAAGACUUGGCCCGCCAUUCGACCUCCGAGUGGUCUUCACAUCACGGAGGCACGAAAACCCCAUUUCUCGUCGUUUACCCAUCGACGACUGAAGAGGUUUCUGGCAUUGCCAAAAUAUGCCACCAACGCCGAAUCCCUAUGACUCCCUUCUCAGGCGGGACCUCACUUGAGGGUCAUUUUGCUCCUACUCGUGGCGGUGUCUGCGUGGAUUUCUCGCGGAUGGAUAAAAUCCUUCGGUUACAUAAGGAGGACUUGGAUGUGGUCGUACAGCCAGCAGUAGGCUGGGAAGAUCUCAAUGACGUUCUUGCUGAAGAUGGCCUUUUUUUCCCCCCAGAUCCUGGUCCAGGGGCCCAAAUCGGUGGUAUGGUUGGGACUGGUUGUAGCGGGACCAACGCUGCUAGGUAUGGUACAAUGCGGGAAUGGGUAUUAUCUCUCACAGUGGUUCUCGCUGAUGGAACCGUCAUAAAAACUCGGCAGAGACCCCGCAAGUCGAGCGCUGGUUAUGAUUUGACAAGAAUGUUUAUUGGAAGUGAGGGGACACUAGGAUUUGUUACUGAGGCUACUUUAAAGCUUACAGUAAAACCUGCAAGCGAGAGUGUUGCCGUUUCGAGCUUCCCUACUGUCAAGGAUGCAGCGGAGACUGUGGCGGAGGUAAUGGCUAAGGGUAUACCCAUUGCUGCGAUUGAAAUCUUGGACGAUGAACCAACAUUGUUUUUUAAAUUUGCUGGAACACAGUCAGGGGUCAAAGAGCAAAUCGCUUUGGUGAAGCAAAUUGGAAGAUCCCAUCGUUCUCAAUCAUUUGAGUUCGCCCGCAGUAAUGAUGAGGCCCAUGAACUUUGGUCUGCAAGGAAGGAAGCACUUUGGAGUGUCAUGGCUCUUCGUCGCGACGAGAAUGAUCACGUUUGGACGACCGAUGUCGCGGUACCUCUCUCUCGACUAGCAGAAAUAAUAGAAGCCACAAAAUCCGAUCUCAAGGCAUCCGGUUUAUUAGGCAGCAUGGUCGGUCAUGUCGGCGACGGGAAUUUUCAUUGCAUUUUAUUAUUUAACAAGCGUGAACAGGGGGUGGCAGAUGGAGUUGUGCAUAGGAUGAUUGAGCGUGCAGUGAAGAUGGAGGGGACAGUUACUGGAGAACACGGGGUUGGUCUGAUCAAGAGGGACUACUUGGAAGGGGAAUUAGGGAUGGACACGGUUGACGCGAUGAGGCGAUUGAAACUUGCCUUUGACCCUCUCUGCUUACUUAAUUGUGAUAAAGUGGUUCGUGUGGAACCUAAGGACGGGAAGCGGAAAUGAAUAAAAAGGAAGCAAUAUGCCAGCACGGUAAACUAGAGCAGAAAUUCUUAUGCAUUGCAUACAUGUUGCAGCCAUGAUACAUUCAUACUAUUUAUGUAAUCCUGAAUCAUUGCUCUGCUCUGAAA